GCGGGUGGAGAGAGCCCGAGGAUGCGUUUGACAUGCCAGACGAUCAGUUGCGGCGGCACUUUCGCCUGAAGAAAGAAACUGUGCGGUGGCUGUGCGACGAAGUGGCGGAGGAACUCGGAGGCGUGAGAACUUCAGCGCUGUCGGUGGAGCGGCAAGUGUUGUGCGCGUUGCGAUUCUUCGCAACGGGCAGCUUUCAGGCCUCAAUAGGGAGCGAGGAGACGAUCGGCGUGACCCAGCCUGCGGUCAGCAAGUGUGUGCGACGCGUGGCGGAGGCAAUCGUCCACGCCGGGGCCCGCAACAAGUGGGUCCAUUUCCCGAGGACGUCGGAGGAGAAGGCGGCCGUGAAGGAAGGGUUCCUUCAACGCGGCUCCAUUCCCGGCGUCAUCGGAUGCGUGGACGGCAGCCUGAUAGCCAUCAUCGCACCGAAGGGCGAGCAGAAGGCGGCAUUCAUGUGCCGCAAAGGCUACUACGCCCUCAACACAAUGUUCAUCUGCGACGCAGGCAUGCGGAUCCUCGCCAUCCACCCUCUGCGACCGGGGUCAGACCACCACGCCCACGUCUGGAGAACUACGUGGUUGCGUCGUCGGUUCCUGGAGGGGCAUAUUGCCAAAGCCGGCGAACACCUCCUCGGUGACAGCGGCUACCCCCUGGAACCAUGGCUCCUGACCCCAGUCACAGGCCACCCUCCCGUACACACUGCAGAAGGCAGGUACAACACUGCACAUGCUGCCAUGCGGUCCGUAGUGGAGCGGUGCAUUGGGCUUCUGAAGAGCCGCUUUCGCUGCCUUCAGCGGUACCGCGCCCUCCACUACCAACCAGAGCGCGCUGCCAACAUCGUUGCAGCAUGUGCAGUGUUGCACAACUUGUGUCUUGAUGAAGGUGACGUGUUGUUGGAUGAUGUUAGUGAUGACAGCAGCAACAGCAGCAGUGACGAUGAAAGUGGCAACCCCUCCCCACAGAGAGUUCCCCAAGUGAGGGCAGCACGCAUGAUGUACAUGAGAGGCUGUGCUGCCCGGGAUAAUGUUAUUAGCUCAUUUGGCACGACACGGCAGCAGCACCAGCGAUACCUGCAAAGGGUGCGAAGGCGGCUGCGUCGACAGCAGCACCGACAGCAGCAAUAAACAUGUGCCUGACACUGCAGGCAGAUGUUUAUUACUGCUGUCUACACAUCUAAUAGAGAGUAGGAACCAAUGUGAAGAAAUGUGUGCAAUUAGUGGAUAGCGUGCUGCUUUUUUUAUAGAAUCUGCUCAAUCAUAACCAGCGUUUUCACGUGUCCUCUGCCAGUGAGCUGUCACUACCGGAGAUGAUUGCAUCAUUCCACUGUGACACUACAUGAGAGCCUUUCAUUUAGUACCUGUGGAUAGAACACUUUGUGUUCAUCAGCAGAAUGUUGUAGCUACUUCUCUGGGCAGCUGGGGUUCGCCAAAUGAUUUGCUGCUGCUGCUGUUGCUUCUGUCAUCACCGACACUGUCACCGCCAUCUGCACUGUGCAUGGGAGGAUGUUGGUCUUCGCCUCCUCGCUUCCUAUUUGGGCUGCUGCCAAGCACAACACUUCUCGCUCCACCAUGUGUACUGUGCUCACGCACCUUGUAGGCCCUGCGCUGUUUUGCCACACAGCCACCGCACAGUUCCUUGACAUAAGGCCAAGUUAUGCCGAAAAUGAUCGCCUGGCAUGUCGAGCGCGUUAUUCUCCCUUGGGAGAGUGUACAUAUGUAAAUAGUUCUGAAAUUGAAGGAACACAAAUUGUAAAUAUUCAUUUCAAGUGCAACUUGCAUUGUUUAAAAUCGUUUAUUUAUAUCUGCAUUGCAAAUAAAACCAUGUGAUCGAUCUUCAAUGCCGUCUUUCAUCAAAGCAAAUGACAGACAAGUACACAGAGCAUGGCUUCAUGGCGCCAAAAUAGCCGUGUGAUGUUCACUACAUGGGACCCAGUACACUACCACUGGGCCGUUGGCAGAUGUUAAAUUGCAUAAAUAUGACACGAGCAUAAUGACAUUUUCUUGAACUCGCAGACAACCAUUUUUCUUCAUCCAGCAACUUAACAGCAAGAAAGAUCUCUUCUCUAUUAUGUAGUUGGCAUGUUUGUAGCACAAAACAGUUUCUUUUCAAUGACUAAUGCCGUAAUAAGAUCACAAUAUAAAGCAGCCAUGACAUGCUUCUAAGGAACGACAAGUGAGAAAAUGCUUGGCACUAAAACGGUAUUUCAUAUAACGGCUGCAAGACCAGCCUGGCAGCGAAUGUCAAAAUAGCGGCCACAUCGAUGGUUCUGUUACAUACGUCGCAAACAGUGCUCAACUACAAUGGGGACUAGAUUGUAUUGCUAUCAUAGGUAAGGACACCUGGAAUAUCACAGCGACCACCACAGGUAACAGGUGCUUGGUGUGACCAGUGGCUACGUCAUCAAGAAUAUCUUGAUACGCAUGUCCAAGCCUGGCCUGCCUGUGUAUAAACACACAUGCUUCUCGCAAUAAAGCGCUCUUUCGUUUCCUGCUGCUCGGGUGUGUACACUUGGUGUUAACAAAAAUACCAAUUCGGCUACUUUGCGUAGGCACGAAUGCUUAUGCAUUGCAAACAUGACAUACAUAUGGCAUGAAAAUUGAUUUCCAGUUAUCACAGUAUUGUAGUUAUUAAGCGCACCUGUAUGUGUGCGAGACAAUGUCAUAGUUGGCGUAAAAGUGAUUGCACAGCGUAUCUUCCGUGGAAGAAUGGCGCACAUUGAAACAUAUCAGUAACAGCAAAACAAAAGUGAACAACACCUAACGAAUAUAUGGCAAAAAAUGUACAUAUAAGUUAUACCGUCUCACUUGGACAAAGGUCAAUACACAUGAAAUGAACUUGGGGAAAAAAAUACGGUAAAAAACAAACGCAAAAAUAUGACAAAAAUUGUAAAUAUAACUUAUACCGUCUCACUUGAACAAAGAUGAAUACACACUAA